GAAGAAGACGGUUACGCUACUGUAGGAUUGACGAAGUGGAACAGCUCGACAGAACACCGAUAGUUGUGAUAAGAGUUAUGUAAAAAAUGGCGUUUUUGUCAAAUAGCGAUGAUUUAUUUGACUCCAUUGUCAUGGCCGAUAACAGGUUUCAUGUUGAAGGUUAUCAGGAAGGAUUUGAAGUGGGAACUCGGCGGGGAUUCGUCGAGGGCAGAAAUCACGGGCGACUGCACGGAGCUAAACUCAGUGCUGAGGUCUCUUUUUAUUAUGGAUUUGCUGUUGCAUGGAAAUGUCUUCUUCAAAUCCAAAGCGAUGUUAAAGCACGAAAAAGGCUGAAAGCUGUGGAAUCUUUAAUUGGAGCGAUCCAAAAGUUCCCUUAUGAAGACCCCAAGUAUGAGAACCUUCAAGAGGACAUGGAAAGGGUGCGCGCCAAGUUUAGACAGGUGUGCUCUUUGCUGAACGUGUCAACAGACUUCCGAGAAUAUUUGAGUGGAUCAACCGCUAUGUCGUUCUGAGACUGCAGGAGCCUUAUAACAACCAUGUCAGAAAACUCGGGGGCGCCUCUGAGGCCUUUAUUGAUGGAGUACAUUGAGAUGAUAAUCUGCUGAUGGUCAGUGGUGAUGAGUCUGUGGGUGUUGAUGUGCACUGCAGAGUGUAUAAGAGUGGACCGGGAUCACUUAAGGCAGAAUUCUGAAUAUAAAAGUCAGAUUUGUUUGGCAUUCUAUUAUUUUAAGUUUUGUGUUUGGCAGUUUUAAAGCAAUACACAUGGGAGAAAUGGCAACUGGAUGGAGCUGUACAAGUGUGCUAUGAUGAACACCACCUUGUGGUGAAAUAGGAGAAUGAUACUUUCAAUGAAGUGGCUCCACCUGCUGGUCAGCUGCUAGUGUUGCAGGAUUAUCACUUUAUACAGUACACUUUUUCCAUUUGGAGAAUUUAUAUCCAUGAUAGAUUUACUAGACAGUAGAGACAAAUAUAUGACUUAAAAUACUUUAUUUACAAGUCUUUGAAGAGACAUUUCAUAAUAAAAUUAUUCACAU